AAACCAAAAUGGGAAAGGACUAAGGAGACUGAUGAGCACAUGGGAUGGGUUUUUCCUGCUUCAAUCUGAGGAACCAGGUGCUGAUCCCGAUCCUUUCAACGGGGCUAAAAGUGUCAGAGAGCUGUAUGAGAUUGCAAGCACAAACUACUCAGGCAAAUAUACUGUUCCAGUUCUUUGGGAUAAGAAACUGAACACGAUUGUGAAUAAUGAGAGUUCGGAGAUUAUCCGAAUGUUAAAUACAGAGUUCAACCAUCUGGCUGAGAAUCCAGAACUGGACCUUUACCCUUCUCAUUUGCAAGAUCAAAUCAAUGAGAUAAAUGGGUGGAUAUAUGAUGAUAUAAAUAAUGGAGUAUAUAAGUGUGGGUUUGCAAAGAAGCAAGAGCCUUACAAUGAGGCAGUGAAAAAGUUAUAUGAAGCCUUGGACAAAGCCGAGGAGAUACUCAAUAAGCAGAGAUACCUGUGUGGUGGGACUGUGACUGAAGCAGAUGUUCGCCUGUUUGUCACAUUAAUAAGGUUUGAUGAGGUUUAUGCAGUUCAUUUCAAGUGCAACAAGAAGUUAUUACGUGAAUAUCCAAAUCUUUUCAACUACACCAAGGACAUCUUUCAGAUUCCUGGGGUGAGUAGCACAGUCAACAUGGAACACAUCAAGAAGCAUUACUAUGGAAGCCAUCCUUCCAUCAAUCCGUUUGGAAUCAUCCCCCAGGGUCCAGAUAUUGACUAUUCAUCUCCACAUGACAGAGCAAGAUUCUCCAAGUAAAAUAAGUGAAGAAAAUGCGAAUACUUCUGUAUGCAGUGCAUAUCCAAAGCAAUAAAAGUUUGUCCGAGAUAGCAAUGGAAGUUCGCGGCUACAAUAGACGAAUGCUAGUUUCCUUUCUUUUUUUUUUCGGGGAAGACAACGGUUGCUGAAGUUACUGUUUUAAGGUUUUUGAAGAAAGUGUUUGUGUUUUGAUAAAUCUCUUGAACUUAGUAUCAGGUUUGAGGCUGCUUCCUGUGAAUAGCCUGCUCUCAUUGAGCUUGUAUGUUCGAAGCAACGAAUAAAAGCUGAGACCGUCUUUUGCUUGAAAGAUGUUAUUAAUCGUGGUAUAGAAGAAAUGAAAUCUUAAUGCUCUCC